AUGUCGCGUCUUUGCCUUUUCUCUUCUUUCUCGCCUCACUCUGCGCGUCUCGGUUCCUCCUCUGCGCCUCACGCGGGCGCCCUGCGCGGUGCCGCGCCGUCCUUGUCUCCGCUUGCGCCCGCGCACAUCCCGUUUCACCUUUCCUUUUCGCGCCGCUUUUUAUCCUCGCGGGCGUCGCCUGCGCGCGACGGCGUGCUGUGGGAGUGGCUUGAGCGCCCGCACGACUGGUGGCGGCGGGCGCCUUUAGGGCUGCGGGGUGCAGUCGUCUUCGCGGCGACGGCACCUCCGCUCUACUUUCUCUACCGAUUCUUCCAGGACCGGCGGCUGUCCUCGGCACACCGUAGCGCGAUCCGCGACCGCGUCUUCCUCGACUUUGCUCUCGGCAACCAGUACAUCGGGCGCGUGCUCAUCGGCUUAUAUUCGGACAAGGUCCCGCUCUCCGUGGAGAACUUCAUUCAGCUCUGCGAAGGGUACCGCGUGCAGGACAGGAUCAUCGGCUACCGCAACUCGCCGGUCCAUUUCAUCAGGCGCGGAUACAACAUGACUGCCGGCGACGUUGUGCAAGGCACGGGCGCUGGAAAGCUCUCCAUCUACGGGCCUGAGUUUCCGGAUGAGAACUUUGACAUGCGGUUCAUUCAAGAUGGAGACGUCGCGCUGAUGAACUCUGGACCCAGUACGAACAACUCUCAAUUCUUCAUCACAUUCAACGCCCUCACGCCGCUCAGCCGCAACUACGUCGUCAUCGGCACUGUCCUCAAAGGCAUGCGUGUGAUUAAAAAGAUUGAAGAAGAGGCAGGGAGCAAAACAGGCGCCCCCAUGCAGUCUGUGAGGAUCAUCAACUGCGGCCUGUAUCGCGGCUUGGAAGACGGCCCGCCGUACUUCGCGAGUUCCGAGCUGCUGGAACGCUUCAAAGAAACACGCGUUUCUGAGGAGGACUUUCUGGCGCUGCAGCCCGCGGAGCAAGAGAAGCUUGUCCAGGAGUCGAAGGCCCCUGCCGGCGGCGCCCGCGGCAAGGCGUCGCAGCGAGCCUGA